UGGGAAAGGAGCUGCAGGGAGUGGGAGGGCUCGCAGUCCACACCCACAUUGGUGACGGGCACAGGCAGGGGUGGGGAUCUCACAGCUGGCUCUGCACGGAGCCCCAGUUAGCCAUGCAACCCCCGAAGUCACUCAACCAGGCAGGGAGAUCAGGCCCAUCCCUGCAUUCCCCAAAGCCGGGACAAAGACCAGGCACCCACAGCUCAGACCUGCGUGGGAAGCCAGGAGAGAUGCUGGGGAGAGGCGGGAGCCAGAGCAUCAGAGGCUGCAGGCAGGGGGCCUGUGGGUGGCACAGGGAGUGUCUAGGGCACUCUGCCUAGGGCACUUGCCUGGCAUGCCCUAAACACAGGUAAACUGAGGCACAGAGGAGCCGAGGUACUGAGAGGCUCCAGCCCUGGACGUGGGGCGGGCACCACCCCAUGCCAGCUUGUCCCUGAGAAGCAGGGGCUGAGUUUCCAGGGAGGCUGAGGCCUGGUUGGUGACAGAGGCCACAUCCCAGGCAUCCUGAGCUGGUCAGCUCGUGGGUGGUGCUGCCCGGCAGGCAGCUCACCUGAGCCUGCAGGGGCUGCUCCCUGCCCCAACCCUCCAGCCUGGGAGUUAAUAAUUAGGGCCCAGCAGGCUGGAGGAGAUAGGGGCCCCCAGGCACCGCCCUGGGCCACUCCUGUGAGGACAGAUAGCAAAGGUUGCCAAGGCGCCAGGCGCCCCUACUGCCCAACAUGGCCACCUCCGAGGAGCCCCCUGGGUGCCCUGCACGCGGCUCCUGCCCUGUGUUCCUGGCCCUGAGCUCGGGCAGUGUCCGCUAUGCCCCCGCCCGCCUGUGCCCCGUGCUGGAAGGGAACUCGAGAGAGGAGUCCUGGGGCGCUGAGAGUCUGCCGCAGACGGACAAGGGCUUCCCGCCACCCCUUGUGGCUGUCCCAGGGUCCUGGAAGGACGUGGGCCCCUGCCAAGGCCACAGGGAGGCCUCAGGACCCCUGGCUCAGGCUGCUGUGGAAGGGGAGACUCUGGGCGAAGAGGCCCCAGCUACCACCGAGCUGGAUGUUUCGCGCCUGCGCAGCUCCUCCAUGGAGAUCCGCGAGAAGGGCUCGGAGUUCCUGCGGGAGGAACUACGGAGAGCCCAGAAGGAGCUUCAGCUGAAGGACGCAGAGUGUGCACGGCUGUGUCGCAUCCGGGAGCAGCUGGAGCGCGAGCUGGAGGAGCUGACGGCCAGCCUAUUCGAGGAGGCCCACAAGAUGGUGCGGGAGGCCAAUACCAAGCAGGCAGCAUCAGAGAAGCAGCUAAAGGAGGCUCGGGGCAAGAUUGACAUGCUGCAGGCAGAGGUCACCGCCCUGAAGACCCUGGUCAUCACAUCCACCCCAGCCUCCCCCAACCGCGAGCUCCACCCACAGCUGCUGAGCCCCACCAAAGCUGGGCCCCGCAAGAUGCAUGCGCGGCACAAGAGCACCAGCAGCGCCCCGUGCCCUGCCCUAUGCCCUGCUGCUGGGCAGGGCCUGGCACAGGACAAGGAGGGCAGGGAGCCCGGCCUCGCCCCCCUCCUCUCCCUGCUCCUCUGCGUGCUCCCCAGCAAGGCCGCCCACCUCACCUACGAGCCGGCCUGGCCUCCCCAGCCGGGGGUGCCUGCGCCUGCUGCCGCCUCCUGUCUCUCCUUUGCACGGCAGGUGGACAUGACACUGUUUGCAGAGUUCCAGGCCUGGAGGGCAGCGCCCACACUGGACAAGGCCUGCCCCUUCCUGGACAGAGUCUACCGUGAGGACGUGGGCCCCUGCCUGGACUUUACCAUGCACGAGCUCUCUGCACUGGUGCGGGGCGCCGUGGAGGACAACACACUCACCAUUGAGCCCGUGGCAUCGCACAUGCAGCCCAACACCAGGGCUGCAGCUGUGGAAGGCAGUCACACCAGCACCUGUGCCCUGAGUGGGCUGACCAGCCCUUGCCGCCACCGCAUCCGGCUUGGGGACUCUGAGAGCCACUACUAUAUCUCGGCGUCCUCACGGGCCAGGAUCACCGCGGUAUGCAACUUCUUCACCUACAUUCGCUACAUCCAGCAAGGCCUGGUGCGGCAGGAUGUGGAGCCGAUGUUCUGGGAGGUCAUGAGGCUGAGGAAGGAGAUGUCGCUGGCCAAGCUGGGCUUCUUCCUCCAGGAGGCCUAGGCACAGCCUUAGGAUGCAGACAGCCAGCCUCGAGCCAGAGCCGCAAGGACACAUGGGCAGGAAGGAGAUGGGCCUUCCACACCCUGCUGGGCCGGCCCCAAGGGAGAAUUCAAGGCAGCACCCAAGACCCAGGCCCUUGGAGCCCUGGAGGAGCCUGGGUGCCUCAUGCCCUCAGGGAAGGAUAGUUCAGAGGCAGGACCUCCAGGGCUCUCAGCUCCGCCCAGAACCCUGCCCACCUCAGCACCUCCCCACUGCAGCCCCGGGUACUGGGGCAGCCUCUUCCCGAAGGGACGCCAAGGGGAUUUGGGUGCCACCUGCACCUCCUCAAAGUCGGCAGCAACUGGUCCCACGCUGGCCACCCUGCCACACCGUGCUCCUCCUGGGCUGGAAUGCGCCCAGCCCUGUCUAAUAAAGGCGGCUUUGUUGGUGGG